AUCUUCGGCUCCCCGCCUCGACCGUAAAGGGACAAAACUGUCGAACGGUCAUAAACAACCCCAUAUCCUGUGUUGUGUGUCGCGCAACCAUACAUUUAGUCCCUUGACCGCACAGAUUCGCAACCACCAUUUAGCCGCCCUGUCUGUACGCACUGGACGUUCAGGUCUCCACAACUACUAAGCCAGCAAUCCACCUCCACAAAACCCCGUCGGCCUUCGAAUAGCUUUGGUCUUCGAAGCGCCCAUUGGCUCGGUUACUUGCAUUUCGUGCCGCCUUAUACGUCUAGCCUCUCGUGGCUGAAUGUCAGCCGUAUUAAUAUAACCCUGGUCUCUCUCUCAGCUCUUCUUUGUCCAGAGGAACAGCUCCUCAUUCUGAUUUGGGAAUUCUGCGUUUCCUGAACAACGUACUUUCAAGAUGCGAAGCAACAGGAAAGCGCUCUUGACUUCUGGGCUGUUGGCGCUGGCCUCACGUGCCUCGGCUCAGGUCGCCAGUGUUUGUCCAGAGACAAGCGUCUGCUUCAAGCUCAACAUCCCAGAGAACACAGCAUCAUCUGGCAGUGGAGACAUAUUCUUCCAAAUCUCGGCUCCUAACACAUAUUCAUGGGUAGCACUCGGCCAGGGCCGGGCCAUGUCUGGCUCCAACAUGUUUGUACUCUACACAUCGGCAGACGGCAAUAAUGUAACAUUGUCGCCUCGAUCGGCGAACGGCUACAACAUGCCCACGCUGAAUAGCAAUACGCAAGUUGAGCUUCUUGAGGGCUCUGGCGUGUCCAAUGGCAUCAUGACCGCAAAUGUCAAGUGUUCAAACUGCAACAGCUGGUCAGGCGGCACUGCCGACUUCAAAGCUUCAAGUGGAAACUGGAUCUACGCCUAUCAGUCAUCUGGGGGUGCCUUAAACACCAACGACAAGUCAGCAUCAAUCCGCGAACACGAUCAGCACCACGCCUUCUCAUGGAACUACGCCAACGCGAAAGGAGGGAGCAGCGUCAACCCACUUGUGAACGCCGCAUCUUCGGGAAGUAGCACUGGAUCUGGAGGUGCAUCAGUCACGAGCUGCAUCCCGCGACAGGGUGCACAAACCACAGCAGUUUCCGUAACAGGAACCGGUACCGCCACUGCGGCCAACCCUACGAAGACGUCAGAUGAUAACAGCAACGACGAUGAUGACGAUGGCGAUGGCCGACCAUCUUGGGCACCUACAUGGGCCACUGCUCGACCAACCACUUUGCCAUCUGGCCGUCCAGGGGACAACGAUGACGACGACGAUGGUCCAAACCGCCUCGCAAAGCGACAAAGCCUGCCCUACUGCGACGACGCAAGUUCCGGCUCGGACGGCUUCACCUCGAUUGGCUCCGGCGGUGGUUCCUCAGAGCGACGCACCAUGCUCAUCGCGCACGGCGUCCUCGCAUCGCUCGCGUUUGUAAUCCUCUUCCCCGCGGGCGCAAUUGCCAUCCGCCUGGCUUCUUUUCCAGGCGUGGUGUGGUUCCACGCCCUGUUCCAGAUCUUUGCUUACGUCGUCUACAUCGCGGCGUUCGGGCUGGGCGUGCACAUUGCGAGCGAGAUGGAGAUGCUGGAUCACCAUCACCCGAUCGUUGGUGUCGUCGUCUUUGUGCUUGUCCUCCUGCAGCCGGUGUUUGGGUGGGUGCAUCAUACGAUGUUCAAGAGGUAUCAGAGUCGAACGCUUUGGUCGUACGUGCAUAUCUGGCUUGGCCGCAUUGCUGUCACGCUCGGGAUCAUCAACGGCGGGCUUGGGCUGCAGUGGGCGGACUCGAUGAAUAUGAGUUCGAGGGGCGGCAUUAUUGCGUAUGCGGUUAUUGCUGUGGUCAUGUGGCUGGCAUGGGUUGCUGCUAGUGUUAUUGGGGAGAGGAGGAGGACGAAGAAGGUGGCUGAUGCGCCGCCGAAGUAUGAGGAGGGAGCUCGUGCUGGGAGGAGUCAUAGGUCAAGGGGAGUGGGCGAUGAGACGGAUUCGAGUGACGAUAUCCAGUUGAUGAACUCGAGGAUGCACGGGCAUUAUGCGCCGAAGACUCAGUAGAGGAGGCGUAGACUGUGGCAACCGGUUAUGGAAUCGGCGGUUGUCACAAAUCUAUCUUGCAAUACAAUCUGCUAUCUGUC